CUUCCUUCUUUCUCCUCCGCCAACUACUCUUCCUCCGUCCAAGACUUAUCCCGCCAGUAUCGUCCACCUACCAAGCUUCUCUAAUCUCGCCUCAAAACUAGGUUUGCGAAUUGGUGGCAAUUGAAGCUAGGAUUGAGCGGCUAUUGAAGCGGAUUCAUGGCUUUUCAUCGGCUGCAUCUGGACCUGUCGAUUGGAGGCGGGUUCAUAGCUUGUCACCAGUUGCCGUCUUUCGAUCGGACCACAGAUGGGGCAAAUCGGCAGACAGAGAAAAGAAGCGAAGGCGCGGGAUAUGGCCGACAACGGGUUCAACUUCCUCUCUUCUUCAUCCAAGCAAACGGAGGACUAUCAAGCACAGCUGGUUCUGGGUUUCUGGUGGCCAAUGCUUCUCUCUUCUCCAAUCCCGCCAAAGUUCUGGGCUUGUGAUUUAGUGUCGGUGACGGCGAUUUGGUGUCCUGUGCUGCUCUUUCCCCCUAUGCAGCUAGGCGGAUGAAUCUUCAGUUGGGUUCUUUUUGGAGAAUAUAGGAAGCAGAACGGAAGAAUAGGAAGAUCAGUCGAGACAUGAGACUCAAUCUCAUUGUCUCUCGCGAGCUCACAAUUUCAUUAGAGCCAAUAACAAGGAAGGAGAUUGAGAUGGAUCAAUCAAGCUGUGCUGCAGCAUUGACAGGAAGAGGCUCUGCUUCAGUCCAGCUAGACACGAAGAAGAAGAAGAAAGGAGAAGCAGAGCC